AUGGCAGAUUCACACUUUAACCCAAAAAAGUACAAUAAUAUAGACGAUGCUUUGAAAUAUGUCAACGAGCAAUUAUCAUUGAAAGGGUAUUUCGACACUCACAAUGGCCAUACGAAUGGACCAGACUCUAAUAUGAAACUACUUCAAUUGAAUAAUUCAAUAGAUGAUAACAAACUUAUCAUUAAUACAAUCAAUAAAUUAUUGCAAAGUAUAAAUACAAAAAAUAAGCAAUUGGAACAAAUUAAUAUCGAAAAAAAUAAUCUGCAGGAUCGUUUGGAGAAAGAAAUCAAAGAAAAAACAUAUAUAAAUGAAAAAUUGAUCCAAUUCCAAAAAAAUACUACUCAUAACCGUGGGAAUAUACAGAAACCAGUUCAUAAUAAAAAAUUGACCGUUGCAAAAGAUUCUAAAUACAAAAAUGAUUUAAUAGCACUACAAAAAUAUUCAAAGAUUAACGUUAAUAAAUUACAAAAUACAAUCGAUGAGUUGCGAAAUAGUUUAUUAUCGACCAAGAUGAGAAAAUCAAAUCCAGGCUCAAAUGAUUUAACGUGGAAAAUAGAUAAAGACAUAACAACAAAGGAAGAUAUACAAAAACAAGACACCGCACCACAGGAACAUGUCUAUAAGAAAUAUCACGAUUUGAUAAAAUUACGCUUGGAACUGGUUAAAUUCUUAAACGAAGUAAACAAAUUGACAUAUCAGAAGAAUAUCCAUCAUUUCACAAGAUUAAAUAUAGAUUUUAUUGAAACAUCAUCCAUUGAUGAAGAGAAUAGUGACAGUACAAAAUUUUCACUGAAAAGCUUUGAAAAUGAUCCAGAGGUGUAUGAAUUGAUAACCGAUUUUAUCGAGAUAAUUAACCUUACAAACAAGGAAUACAUUGAAUAG